CUGCGCGUUUCCGUGGUUUCCUGCCCUUGGGGCGCUUACAGGGUGCUGCGCUCUGGGACUUCCCGAUCUGCACUAUGUGGAGUGGGAGGCAGGCCCGCUUCCGGCCUCUGGCCUGCGGGGUGGAGGAGCUGCGGCGCCGCAGGCGGGAGCGGGAGGCAGCCCUGCGGAAGGCGCGGAGGGAGCAGCAUCUGGUCAGCAAGAGGCUGCUGAGAGAAGAUGCCGAAGGCCCGUGUGCAGCCGAGCUCCUGCGGGAAGUCGAGGUCCAGCAGUUCCUGCGGCUAGCCCAAUCGGGAACAGAUGAAAAGGAGAGAGAAAAGGCUCUGGUCAGCCUUCGUCGAGGCUUACAGCACCCUGAAACACAGCAAACCUUCAUCAGGCUGGAGGGCAGUGUGCGGACCCUUGUCGGGCUCCUGACCAGCAAUCGGGCCCUGUUGCAGCUUGAGGCGGCUCGGUGCCUACAUGAGCUCUCACAUUCUGAGCAGUCUGCAGUGGCUGAGGCCUGCCUGCCAGCUACUUCCUACCUCCUCACCUACCUCUCUGGUCACAGCUCAGACUUCAUAGAACUGUGUCUCUAUACACUGGGGAACCUCAUUGUGGAGAGUGAAGCUGUGAGGAAGCAGCUCCUGCCACAGGGCAUUGUUCCAGCCUUGGCUGCCUGCAUUCAGUCCCCUUAUGUGGCUGUGCUGGAAGCCCUUGGAUAUGUUUUGUCCCAGCUUCUGCAGGCUAAGGAAGCUCCAGAGAAGAUCAUUCCCUCUAUUCUGGACUCCACUCUUCCUCAACACAUGCUACGACUGAUGCAACCUGGCCCAAAGCUGAACCUUGGGGUUGCUGUGGAGUUUGCCUGGUGCCUUCACUAUAUCACCUGCAGGUUAACAGGCCAAUUGGGAAAAUGCCAGAGAUCCUUCCUGGGGCUCCCUACCCAGGUCAACAAUGCUGUACUCAUUACCCACGGGGCACUGGCUACACUGGUGCUGCUGCUGUUGGACUUGGCUGGGACUGUCCAGAGAGUGGAUGAUGCUGGACUAGAGCUGCUUGCAUGCCCUGUGCUUCGGUGUCUAAGCAACCUGUUAGCAGAAGUGCCAGUAGAGUCUGAGGGGGAGGAAAUGCAGCUCAGAGAUGAGCGUGUCAUGGCAGCCUUAUUUAUUCUUCUCCAGUUCUUCCUUCAGAAGCAGCCCAGCUUACUGCCCGAGGGCCUCUGGCUUCUCAACAACCUCACGGCAAACAGCCCUACUUUCUGUACCUCCUUGCUCUCUCUGGAUCUGCUUGAGCCCCUUUUGCAGCUGUUGCCACUGUCUAAUGUGGUAUGCAUACUGGUACUUACAGUUCUGUGCAAUGUUGCAGAGAAGGGUCCAGCUUACUGCCAGCGGCUGUGGCCAGGGCCUCUGCUCUCCUGUGUGCUCAACACGUUGACCCUCUCUGACACUGAAGUAGUAGGUCAGAGUUUGGAACUGCUGCAGCUACUAUUCCUGUAUCAGCCAGAGGCUAUCCAGGACUUCUUGCAGCAGUCAGGGCUGCAGGCCCUAGAACAACAUCAGGAGGAGGCCCAGCUUCGGGACAGGAUACGUGCUCUCCAGCAGACAGCAAUUCAUGCAUGAUCUGGCUUAUUAAUAUCACUCCCCCCCCCCCACUGCCAUGGCCUAUUUAUUCUGGGGUCCUGGAUCUCACUCCAACCCCUCUUCCCUAUUUUACUUUCAAAGCUGGUGGCUUUUUGUGUGCCUGAGGCUGGUCUUUAAUUUGAGAUUAUUUCAUCCACUUCAGCAAGUCAGUUACUGGCAU